GAAGAAAGUGACUGUUUAUCCUUAACUUCAUCAGUUCAGACAUCCCUUCAGUGCAGAUUACAAAAUACACAAGAUGAUGAAAAUAUGAAGAAAUCAACAUCUGGACAAGGUAGUUUGAUGCCAAAUUCGUUGCAGGACAGUUCUUUGCCUUGCGGAAAACUGAAGAGGACAGAUGACAGCACCACUCAAGUACAAGUGCACAUGAUAAAUUCAGCAAGUUUGUUAGACUCUCAAGAUCAGAUGAAAAGUUUUAAUGGCAAAGCUGAUAUCAAAGACAAAUGGAGUAAUACAAGACAGAAGCCGUAUUGUUGUUAAGAAUGUGGAAAGCAGUUUUCCACCAAUAGUUUUCUGCAGAGACACACAAAGACUCACACUGGAGAGAAGGAGUACUGCUGUUCUGAAUGUAACAAGUGUUUCAUGACUAAGAGUAAUCUUCAUAUUCACAGAAGAAUUCACACUGGAGAGAAGCCGUAUCAAUGUUCUGAAUGUGGCAAACGUUUCUCACGCAGUUACAGCCUUCAGAAACACACAAGGAUUCACACUGGAGAGAAGCCAUAUCGUUGUUCUGAAUGUGGCAAGCUAUUCUCAGAUAGGAGUAGUCUUCUAGUACACAGAAGACUACACACUGGAGAAAAACCAUUUUGCUGUUCUGAAUGUGACAAGCAGUUCUCCUGGAGAAGCAAUCUUCUUUCCCACUCAAGGAUUCACACUGGAGACAAGACAUAUUUCUGUUCCGAGUGUGGCAAACAUUUCAAUUACAAGAUCUGUCUUCAGAUCCACAUAAGAAUGCACACUGGAGAGAAACCAUAUUGGUGUUCUGAAUGUGACAAACAAUUCUCACACCGUAACAGUCUUCAGAAACAUGCAAAAUUUCACACUGGGGAAAAGCCAUAUUGUUGUUCUGAAUGUGGAAAACGAUUCACGGAUAGAAGCCUUCUUAAGGUUCACUUGAUAAGCCACACUGGAGAGAAGCCAUAUUACUGUAUUGACUGUAACAAACGAUUCUCAACGAAUAGUGGUCUUUAUAAACAUAAAAAAAUCCACACUGGAGAGAAGCCCUUUUGUUGUUCUGUGUGUGGGAAAUGUUUCUUGCAUAAGAGCCAACUUCAGAGCCACACAAAAGUUCACACUAGGGAGAAGCUGUAUUGUUGUUCUGAAUGUGGGGAACAGUUUUCAUACAAUAGCGGUCUUCAGAAACAUUCAAGAAUUCACACUGGGAAGAAACCAAAAAAGAGUAAGUUGGAAGGAAAAGGAAGUUAGGAAGAAGAAGGUAGGAGGAGGAAAACAACUUUAACAGUAUGAAGAGGAUUCAAGGAAGAAAUUCAUACUUGGCUGCCCAUCUCCAAGAAUAAAAAAGUUCCUUUCCCACCUCUGCAAGGUUAUUAUAGUUAAUGAAAACUAAAAUCAAAACUGACACUAUUAAUAAAAACUAAAAUAAAAUAAUUAACAAAACUGAAAUGAAAAACUAAAACUAAAUUAAACCAUUUAAACACCUGGAAAGACGUACUGAAAUGAAAUAGUAACUUACUAAAAAUAUUUUUAGUUUUCGUCACAACCGGACUUACAAGAGACUGCUGUCAAUGUCCCGCUCCACUGACAGACUGAGGAGAUUGUUCCUCCCCCACACUAUGUCACUCUUUAAUUCCACCUGGGGUUGGGUAAACGUUAAAAUUAUACAAAGUUAUUGUAUACCUGCAUUGUUAUCACUCUUUAAUUUAAUGUUGUUCUUUAUCAGUAUGCUGCUGCUGGAGUAUGUGAAUUUCUCCUUGGGAUUAAUUAAGUAUCUAUCUAUCUAUCUAGAGGGCUAACCUGGGAUGCAGGUGUCCCAAAAUUAAUCAAAAUUUAUUAAUUAGAAUUUUGUAUUUUUUUUAAAAUAAGUAUUCCUGCCGUUAUUCUUUAACCCUUGUAACUUUAAACCAGAAGAUCUCCCACCACCAGCUGUUCGCAUAUAUUCAUUCGGCCGGUGACUGAGAGCUGGUGUUGACACAGCAUUUGUGGUAACAGAGCAAACUGAAUACAGGCAUGUAAAGCGUGUGAAGAAGAAAGCAAUUUACUGUGUGAUAAAACUAACAGUUCUUCAGGAGCUGAGAGUGACAGCAUGAUAAAUUCUGGUUCAAGUGUUAGUGAAGCAUACCAAGGUGAUGGUUUUGCUUUGAAUGUGUUCGGUAGCUUUCAUUCACUGGAUCUCCGGGGCUCAAGAGAGAAGUAUUAUAUACAGAAAAUCCCUCAUAGAAUUUCAGUCUGUUCAUAAAUGACAGCAUGUUAGCUGUAAUUCUGACUGAGCCCAAGACACGGUGCUGUAUGUACACAUCAAAUAUUAAACAGCAGCACACACUAAGCCAAAUUCCAGGCUGUUUGACUCUGAUGUCCAUUAUGAUGAGUUGCUGCAUUUCUUUACGCUUCUUGUAUAUCAAGAUGUAAUUUAAAUGACAGAACAUGCUGGUCAAAAAAACCUUUACCGUAUGGACAGAAAAUUUACGAGUGAGAAACUUUGUAGUUUAUUUCUCAGGUGCCUGCGUUUUGUUGACAAUAAUUCACCUUCUCCUUUGCACAGGACAUAUCCUUUCUGAAAAUAAAAUAGCACUGAUUGAGAGACUGACGGUCAUCAUACAACAUCAGCAUAUUGUUACUGACAAGUCACUUUUGCUUUAAAAAUGUCAUUUAACAACAAAACGAUACAACCCUGAUAAAAUUCCCAAGCUGGCAAUGUCUCCAUGGCUGAGGUAAUGGAAAAAGAUGAUCCGCUGUGGCAACCCUUAAUGGGAGCAGCUGAAAGAAGAAGAAGAUGCAGUGAGAGUUACAAUGCUAAAGCAGUUAUGGUAUUUGGAAUACUAUGGCUAUUCCCUGGACCAUUGUAUUGCUGCACGUUAAUUACAAUUAGAUGCAUUACACUAAUAAACAAUAUGCAGUUAAUUUCAGUGUAUUUAUAAAGCCGCUCCAGGAAUGUGGAUUUAAGAAAGAAAGAGUGAUCACACAGGAACAGUAGCACUGCUUUGACGCUGGGUGCUGCCAGUCUGCAAAACCGAGCGGAGAAAUUGUGUACGCCAGGGUAUGAGGUACCAUGGAAAAGUGUGUGGCUUUACGGCAAGUUUAGGUUUUAUACAUCACGAUUUGAGCGUGGAAAUGUUCGUACGCAACAUUUCUGUGCGUACACACCGUUUAUACAUGAGGCCCCUGAUGUCAUUGCAACAAAAGCAGGACAAAGCGAGGUCAGAAAUAAAAGACAGAGUAGAAAACAAAGUAAAACAUCAUAAAGAAGGUUACAAAACAAAAGGGCCAAACACAUGCAGAGCAGGUUAGAGAUAAUGAAAAAUGGAAUUCAAAACACUCAAAAAAAACGUAGGAGCGAAACACAUGCAGAGCAAGAUGCAGAAUUUGAAAGCAGAAAAAAACGACAGUGUCAAUAAAAGAAAGCAAACAUCGCAUUAGCGCAAAGAAAGAGAAAUUAUUAGUUGCAGAAAUAACGAAAAGGCGAAUAGAAAUCGAAUAUAUGGACACAGGUGAUAUGUCAGAAGUAUGUAAAUAUUGUAAGGCUUUGAAGUUUAAGUCAGAGAAUUUUUGGAUGGGAAGCGUCGGUGCACAGCCAUUUUAAGAUCUCUCCAGAGAUGUUCAAUCGGAUUCAAGUCUGGGCUCUGGCUGGGCCACUCAGAGACAUUCACAGAGUUGUCCUGAAGCCACUCCUUUGAUAUCUUGGCUGUGUGCUUAGGGUCGUUGUCCUGCUGAAAGAUGAAACGUCGCCCCAGUCUGAGGUCAAGAGCGCUCUGGAGCAGGUUUUCAUCCAGGAUGUCUCUGUACAUUGCUGCAGUCAUCUUUCCCUUUAUCCUGACUAGUCUCCCAGUCCCUGCCGCUGAAAAACAUCCCCACAGCAUGAUGCUGCCACCACCAUGCUUCACUGUAGGGAUGGUAUUGGCCUGGUGAUGAGCAGUGCCUGGUUUCCUCCAAACGUGACACCUGGCAUUCACACCAAAGAGUUCAAUCUUUUUCUCAUCAGACCGAGAAUUUUCUUUCUCAUGGUCUGAGAGUCCUUCAGGUGCCUUUUGGCAAACUCCAGGUGGGCUGCCAUGUGCCUUUUACUAAGGAGUGGCUUCCGUCUGGCCACUCUACCAUACAGGCCUGAUUGGUGGAUUGCUGCAGAGAUGCUUGUCCUUCUGGAAGGUUCUUCUCUCUCCACAGAGGACCUCUGGAGCUCUGACAGAGUGACCAUCGGGUUUUUGGUCACCUACCUGACUAAGGCCCUUUUCCCCCAAUUGCACAGUUUAGAUAGCUGGCCAGCUCUAGAAAGAGUCCUGGUGGUUUCAAACUUCUUCCACUUAUGGAUGAUGGAGGCCACUGUGCUCAUUCGGACCUUCAAAGCAGCAGAGAUUUUUCUGUAACCUUCUCCAGAUUUGUGCCUCGAGACAAUCCUGUCUCAUAGGUCUACAGACAAUUCCUUUGACUUCAUGCUUGGUUUGUGCUCUGACAUGAACUGUCAACUGUGGGACCUUAUAUAGACAGGUGUGUGCCUUUCCAAAUCAUGUCCAGUCAGCUGAAUUUACCACAGGUGGACUCCAAUUAAGCUGCAGAAACAUCUCAAGGAUGAUCAGGAGAAACAGGAUGCACCUGAGCUCAAUUUUGAGCUUCAUGGCAAAGGCUGUGAAUACUUAUGUACAUGUGCUUUCUUAAUGUUUUUGUUUUUAAUAAAUUUGCAAAAACCUCAAGUAAACUUUUUUCAC